AUGUCCUACCAGCAAAACCAGCAGAAAUACCAACUCUCUGCCAAGAGCCUCCCCAAAUGUCCACCCAAAUGCCCCCCUCAGGCCCCUCAGGCUCCAGCCUCAUGCCCAGCUCCCUGCCCUGCUCCAGCUCCAGCCUCCUCCUGCUGUCCUUCCACCUGCUGCGUGUCUGGGUUUGGAGGCAGCAGCUGCUGUCUAGUGUCUCACCGUUUCCCACGAGUCUACCUGCGCCAGCCCCAGAAUUCUGACUGCUGUGAGAAUGAGUCCUCUGGAUGUUCCAGCUGUUGCCAUGGCUCUGGGGGCUGCAGCUGA